AUGGUAAUGAUGCGCUACGUGCUGUGUAUCCUCUCUCUCCUGCUCUCCUGUGCGUGUGUGCACGUCCUCGCUGAAGAAGUGCCUGCCGCCGAUCUUUCCGACCAAGUCCCUGAUACGGAGAGUGAGACAAAGGUUCUUCUUCAAGGUACUCCUGUUGCUCAGUGCACUGAAGCUACUACUGGUUGUACUGGUGAAGGCGAUAAUCAUUGUCAUGGUGAUUCUUCUGUAGAGAAUGGUUUAUGUAAGAAAGUACCUGAAAACGCACAAGUAACUGGAGCUGGAGCUUGUCCUCAAGGUACCACUAACCCUCCGUGUAAUACUACCCGUGAUGAAACUCUAGGUUCUCCUAAUUGUGCGGAACCUUCGGGUACGGAUGGUUGCAUUACCAAUGGUCCUAUCACUGAAGAGAGUUGUCGUGGUGGAUCUGGUGAUACACAUUGUACACAACCACAGCAGGAACCGGCUCUAAGUACAAGUACUCGUAGAGAAGAAGGUCAGGAAAAUGGUACACCAGGUCCAAUUGGUGCUUCUGGUAACCCAGGAGAAGCUGCGGCUGGUUUUCCUGGAUCUGGUGUUGUUGCUUCUUCUUCUUCUGAACCUUCUGCUCCUGGUCCUACUCCUCCUGCUAAGCUUUCUGGGGAAAGUUCUGUUGAGCCUUCGGGUGAUGGCCAAACUGGAAACAAGGGCAACAAUACACCACCUGAAGGUGAAAAUGGAGAUAACCGUGUAACUACAGAAACACAACCUUCUGUUGACUCUCCUAACACUUCGGCCACAGUGAGUGAUGAUGGUUCUGAUACUCCAAAAGACGAGAGCGGCACUACACCUGCUGAGAGUGAGUCAUCAAGCAACCAACAACAUGUGGAAACUGCAGACACCACCACUUCAACCACAACAACAACCACAACACUUCCUCCUGAGCCUGCAAACAACAAUAAGGGUGAUGCAGACAGCAGCAGUAUGAGUUCUGUGUGGGUGCGUGUAUCAUUACUGAUUGUGGUUACACUGGCCUUUAUUCUUGUGUGCUGA